CGGCAAAGCAGUCGCGUGACCGGUCAUGGGCCCAGCAGAGCCAGCACGAGUGAGCCGUCAACGGGCUUCCUUGAACGUUCUCGCACAGACAAAAAAUCGUCGGUCGCGCGACCACCGGACCAAAAGAAAAGAAAAUCAUAAAACAUAAAACGAUUGAAUUAUUUAUCGAAACGCGUCCGAAUCGUCGAACGACCGCGAAACAAGAAAAAUUGUUUAAAAAAAAUGUUAUCCAAAAAAAUCUGCGCCGUUCUCGUGUGUACGACGCUCGCGACGGCCGUCGUCUUCGUGUCCACCGUUGACGGUUCGGAAGACGGCGAGAAGUCAAAAUCGACCAGAGCUUUGGAGACUCGCAAUGAAGGCGAAGACGACUUGGACCAGAGAGACCGACUCGACGAUGACGGCAACAACGACGGCGAGGACGACGAAGACACGACCAAAGUACCACCUGGUUUUUUGAGUCCUUCGGUCCGAGAGUACUUGGAACUCGGCCGGUCCAUACCGGGUAAACCGGGCACGGACUACCCCGUGCUGGCCGUGGUGCCGUACACGGAUUUCUACUGCGACGACCAACCGUAUCCCGGGUUCUUCGCCGACGUGGACACCAGGUGCCAGGCGUGGCACUACUGCGACAUCGACGGACGCCAGGCGUCGUUCCUGUGCCCAAACGGCACGCAGUUCAGCCAGGCGGUGUUCGUGUGCGACUGGUGGUUCAACGUGCGGUGCGACCUCAGCAAAGAGUUGUACCACAUCAACGAACGGCUGUACCGGACCACCCCACGGCCGGACCGACCGCACAGGGUUGUCACCAAAGAGCUAUUGGACAAGAUAUUCAUCUGACCACACUCACUCUCCCCCCUUUCCCGUUACGCCCCACACUUCUACCACACUAACUCGGCUCUGCUAUUACAAGAAUUCACAUAUACAUAAUAAAUGAAAAAAAAAAAAACAAA